AUGUCUCAACGAAAAAAGCCAGAAAACGUGAGAAAGAAAGUGACCAAGACCGAAGAUGAAACGAUAUUUUCUGAACUGCCUCUUAACGUUGCCCAAAUUGACAUCAAUCAGAAAACUUGCAAGGACCUCGCUGCUGCCAAUUUGGCAGAGACAUUGCGGCUGCAGUCCAGAAUAAAAGAACAAGCCAAUCUGAUCUGUGUCCUUAAAGACAGAUCAGAUGAGCUGUUCAACCAAUCCCAAUGCCUGCAGCAGGUCAGAAAUGAACUGGAGAAGCAACUUGAAAGCUGCCAAAAAGAAGUGGUGCAAAAGCAGCAAAGAGUGGAGCUAGUCGAAAAAAGAUUUAUGGAUUUAGACGCCAACAGUCGAGCGAUAAUCGUCUUCAUGGAGGAGUACAAACACCACAAUGCACAGUUGAAGAUUGAAAACAAGCAGCUGCAGAUGGAAAACGACACGCUUUUCUCCCAUAAAAUACAGGAGAAAGAGGUGAUCAUUCAAAAGCUUACAAAGGAAAUCAAAAUAUUAAGAGAUGAGUUCACAGCUAAGGAGAAAGCGUACAAGGAGAAAAUAGCCCAAAGUGAAUCAACAUCCGAGAAACAAUUUAAAGACCAUCAACAGAGGGAGGCGGCAUUACUUGAACAAUUGCGUGAUGUUCAGCAGCAACAUGAGGCAGCAGAACAAAUGUGUAAAGCCUUUAAGCAAAAAGGUCUAAAAGCCGAGGAGCAGCACGCAUUGAGGGAAGCUACCAUGAGCAAAAAUAUUACAAACCUCACCAAAGAGAGGGACAAACUGCUGCGUACUUGUGCGGAACAAGAAAACACCCUACAGGAGAAGCUAGAAGAACUCCGGCUUCUUGAGGCACAAUAUAAUGAACAGAAAAUAGCUCGGACAAAAGCAGAGGAGAGAUUUAAACAGGAAGCACAGUUGGUGAAUGCAGAUAAAAGAGUCAAGUCGCUUAAAUUGGCCCUAGAAGAAGCCAGGGCAAAGUACGAAAAGUUGAACAAGGAUUUCGCGGCAUUCAAAGAACACAGCAUCGGUCUCCUUACUAAGGAAAGAGAACUAAAUAAAAUACUGCGACACUUGAGGACCUAA